GGGAGGCACAGGUGGAGGAGGAUGAAGGGAUAGGGAGGCACAGGUGGAGGAGGAUGAAGGGAUAGGGAGGCACAGGUGUAGGGUGGGUGGAGUGCAAUGUGCUGUUAGGUAGAGAAUGCAGGAUGGGGUACAAUGUGCGGAUAAAAGACACAACACAUGGUAGUGCGGGGGAGAGCAGAGGUACAACCCAUCAUGCUGUUUAUAUGUGAGGGUUUGUUAUGUAGGAGGAGGAGCCUCGGAUAAUAAGUGCUGCAUUUUCUAUAGAUCACCCCCUUGUACAUAGCGACGUGAAUCUUGUUCCACCCUGAGUUCUGUUUCCCACCAUAAUGCGCACUCUCUGUCAUUUGUCUUCUGCUUUAUCUCCUCUACAUUGCCCUUAGGCAGAUUCCUGGCUCUGAGGCUGGGUGGAGUAGAGGGACAACUCAACCAGAAGGUUCUUGAUAAUGGACCACAGUAAGGUCCAUGUGAGCUUUGAGGAGGUGGCCGUGUUCUUCUCAGAUGAAGAAUGGCAGCACCUAGAUGUCUGGCAGAAAGAGCUUUACAAUGAAGUCAUGCAGGACAUCCUGGAGACCCUGCUGUCGCUAGAAGACAGCCCCAUGGAAGGAGACGGAGGGCCAAAUCCUACCGGAUAUUCAUUGAUGCCACAAUGGAGAGUCAAUGAGGGAGCUAAGCCCAAUGUUUAUUCCUGUUCAGUGACUGCAAGGCAAAUACAUGAUCAUGGUAUAAACAGAGAUAUGCUGGGAAACCUAAACCAUAGAUUCCUGGAGUGGGAAGACUUGGCAAGUUUAGGCCAAUUGACUGCCUACAGCAAAGAUAAUGUACAUUGUAACGACCAGUAUGCCUUACUGCAGGAUAGGCACAACUGCAUGCUACGGAUACUCUAUCAGUGUAGUGAGUGCCAGGAGAUCUUCCCCAGCCAGUCACUGUUUGAUGCACACAAGGUCAGGCACACUGCGAAUUCAUGGAAUUUGUUGGGGACGUCAAGUUCGAUGGCAAUGCCGAGUAGAGAAAUGUAUGAGACUUGCUCCAAUAGAACAGAAGGGAAUUGGUUGCGUUGCCUUUACUGCACCAAACGCUUCUCUAACUUGAGUAACCUCAUGGAGCAUGAAAGGAGCCACCAGGAACGCAAGGCUUUUAUAUGCUCUGAGUGCGGGAAGAGCUUCCAUAGGCACUCCAUACUCAAGGUCCAUCUGAGGAUCCACACCGGAGAAAGGCCCUACGCCUGCCCCGACUGCGGUAGAAGGUUUAGCCAGAGAUUCAAUGUCGUAAUUCACCAGAGGAUCCACACAGGGGAAAGGCCGUACCAAUGUCCCAAGUGCAAUAAAAGCUUCCGCUAUCAGACUACACUCCUUCGGCAUGAGAAAGUAAAGUGUGCGGGAAGCGUCCCUACCACAUUCCCCUUGCAAAAGGCAAAAAACUUUAAGACUUUGCUCAGGAAUGCCCUGCCACUCAAGGUUACCCAACCAUCUAUUCAGCCUCCCUUUACUUCUGUUCUAAAAUCUGAACCCCUUUCCUCAUCUUCUUUUUUAUUUGUCUCCCCCGUACCCAACAUUACAACACCAUUUACCUUAAUAAAGAGCAAUAAGUCAAUUGGAGGUUUGAUCAAAGUAGCUCAAAACACCAGCAGGCAUGUUCCUUCUCCUACAAAAGGUCCCCGUCCAAUAGAGAGGCAAUUUAGAUGCAGUCACUGCAACAAGCCCUUUGUCCAUUGGAAACAACUGAAGGAGCACCAGAAAUCGCACGUGGACACACAGAACUUGUGCACAGUUUGCAACAAGAGCUUCUGUAGAAGGUCCACACUCCUUAUCCAUCAGAGAACCCACACGGGAGAGAAACCAUAUAUGUGCAAUGAGUGUGGCAAGAAGUUCAGCCAGAGAUUCAAUCUUGUUGUCCACCAACGGAUUCACUCCGAUGAGAAGCCUUAUCAGUGUCACAAAUGCGGCAAGGAUUAUCGAUACAGAACAGCCCUGCUCAGGCACCAGAGGAACCCUCCCUGUGCUCUCAAACAAAGCUUCUCCACGGGCACCAAGAAUGUUACGUUCAUACCAUCCCUCAGAGAUAAUUCUGUAAAGGUCGCUUCUCACGGAGUGCUUUCUUUACCCACUAGCUGUGCCUUACAGGGAUCAUCAUAUAAUAAACCCCAACCAGUCGUAGGGAAGACUUCCUUUCCACAGACCCAACAACCAAAAAUCCAUGGCAGGAAAUUCUGUCCAGAAUGUGGGCAAACCUUCUCCAGGGCAUCAAAAUGUGCUUCUGGGACGGGCAAAGGUGAGACAACACAUGGCAAAUGUGGGCACUGCGGAAAGGCGCUAGAUCUGCCCCUUAAUGCCGACGUUUGGAAAAGACUUUAUCCAGAAAACACGUUGUACCAACGUAGAACUUCACAAAGAACUCUGCAUCAUCGUGAAAACAAAGCACUUGGAACCUCGGCCCACAAGGACAUGCUCCCACCUUUUAGUUUUCAUGCCUCUCAAACUAUUGCCCACAAACCUUCCCCGUCUCCUCCGACUCCAGCCGAGAACCCCUGCACUAAAAAAUGGACACUGCCGGCCCGAACCCGAGGAAGAAAUACGAAGAUCGAGCAAUAUAAACGCGAUCUGAAUAAGUAUAAAAAGCGCAAGAAACCCGAUGCCAAAUCGUGGCACCGAUGCACCUUCUGCGGCAGAGGCUUCAGCAGAAAGAGCGAGUUUGAGGUUCAUCUACGGAGCCACACGGGGGAGAAGCCGUAUGUCUGUGAGAAAUGCAGCAGAGCGUUCAGUCAGAGGUCGAACCUUCUUGUCCAUGAGAGACUUCACACCGGGGAGAAACCGUUCAAAUGUCCCGAGUGUGACGAAGGUUUCAGAUAUAGGAGUGGCCUUGAGAAGCAUCGGAAACGCGGGUUCUGCAUGUGACUGGACGCGGGCGAGUGGAACACUCUAAAAUAGGGGAGCAAGAUAUUCUACUGCAUCCCAGAGGAACACCCAGACAGCUCUUUAGCUUAGUGGAAUUGGUUAGCUACCCCCAGCCGGGCAUUUGUAUUGCCACUCAGUGCUAUAAUUAGUUAUAAAUAUAUUUCCCUGUUGUCAGGUGUGUGUUUUCUUUAAUAACAACCGCUGUGCACUGAUUAAUAAAAUUCUCACAAUUC